AUGUCCGAAAAUUACAAACGCCUACUUCCGGCGCCCAUGCCUCCCGGCUCUCAGGCCAAGGCAUCGGAAUCUGCUUUCCAGAAGGAGACCGGUCCGCCCGUCAAGAAACGUACAGUUUCCAAGGCUGCCUGCAACAACUGCCGUCUCAAGAAGAUACGUUGUGAUGGAAAAAGACCUGCCUGCACAGCCUGCAGCAAGGCUGGCGUGGAAUGCAACUUCGUCACCGCCAGCAGCGACGAGACCCCUUUCAUGGCUCUGAAGCGGGAGGUCGAAUCCCUCAGGAGAUCCACGGAAGACAUGCUAGAGAUAUUCGAUUUGCUUGAAUCAGCCCCUGACGCCGUGUCUCUAGACAUUUUAAGACGACUAAAGUCUACCAGGAAUCUAGCCGAGGGAGCGAGCGACACUUCCGAUAUUUUAGCAUCUGUAAAGAAAGACCUCGAGGACGAUCCUCCCUUGCCUGUGAAGCUAUCCAAUCGGCAGCUAAUGGCAGGCCUCAUACCCGAGACCCAACAGACGCCCGAAUACGAACUCAUGAUGCGAUGUCCAACCGCCUACCCGAUGCUGAUUCCGGUUGAGAUUGCAUUUAUUAACCUAGCCGAUCUAUUGCGCCCUGUUAUUCUUGAACCGCCGAGAGCGCCUAGCUUCGCCGGACAAGGAGACACACCAUCAUCCUCAAUCGUCCCUGCUGGCCCGAGUGAGAGCGGCAUUAGAAGUGGGGUGACGCCAACUGUAUUAGACGCGAGUGACCGUGAAAUAGGAAACUUUGAACCGUUGCAAUCGAUGCACACGAUUGUUGACGACCGACUGAAGAGUGUGAACUUCCAGAACUGGACUACCGUACCUAUUACGAACGAGCUAGCUGCAAACUUGAUCUCGUUGUACUUGGAGAUUGAUCAUCCAUGGUGCCCCCUAUUUGAUGCCGAUUUGUUCUUAAAUGAUUGUAUACAGGGGAAGACUCAUUUCUGCUCUACCCUACUCAUGAAUGCCCUACUGGGGUGGACCUGUCAAUCGUAUUCGAGUUUACAGCCAGAGGCAGCGGCCUAUAGCGUUGCUUUCGAGUCAGAAGCUGAGAGGUUAUGGCAAGUGGAAAAGUUCACUAACACGCUGACUGCGGCGGCAGCUGCUCAAUUUCUGAAUAGUACAUCAGCCUCUCGAGGCCGUGAUGAUUUUGCGAACCAAUGCCUUGAUGAAGGUAUCCAAAUGGGGAAACGUAUGGGCCUCUUUGGGGUGGGUUCCGAGAACGCAUCGGCCCUAACCUGGUUGGAUCAUCACCAAGAUUGGCUCAGAGCUGCAAGUCACACCUCGUGGGGUAUAUUCUCGUGCGCUUGCGUACGUUCCUUGCAUCUACAUCGAGCAGAGAUCGAGACACCACCCCUGCUUCCCAUGCCGGGGCAGUACUCCGAGGCCCAUGGACACACAAAUUAUAAUACGUAUCCACACCAACGGACUCUUGUGUCGACCCAAGUUAGCGAGGCCUUCAAAGCGAUGUGUAAGCUCAACUUGAUCGUUCACGAUAUCAUCUGGGCCUAUUUUGGGACAAGCAAUACCGUUCCUGCUGCCCGAGCGACGGUUGAAUUCGCCGAACAGAUAUAUCGAAGGAUGUUCGAAUGGGCAGCAUCGCUUCCCCUUGGACUGUCGCGGGGGAGACGCAACCGUCAUUCCAACUUGAUGUUACAUCUUUACUACCAUUGUACCGUGAUGGAAUUGUUUUGGCCAUUCCUACAGCAGUCUGCCAACAAGGAAUUAAAGAUGAAGCACCUCACAACUCCGGCUGCUAUAAAAGACAUACACGAAUCCUCGGUAAAUCAGCUGAAGCGACUUGCUCUCAUUUAUUGCAUUAAUUUCAACAAUGCGUGCUCGUCAACGUUGUGGCAUAUCGCUCUCCUAUAUUUAUCCAACGCGAUGCUCUGCGAAACCAUGCGUUCUGGUAAGCUGCGAAACCCGGAGUGUUGGUUCUACUUCAUGCUUUGCAUGACGGGCUACGAGAAUAUGUGGUACGUAGCUGAGGUGACUAUGCUUGGGCUCUUAAGCAUGGCCUUGCGCAACGGGUUUUUAUCUGCCCCCGAGGCAAAUACUGUCCUAAAUGACAUGAGAAAAAUAGGACAACGAUAUGAUUCCCAAUUUACAGUUCGAGCAAGCUUCAUGGUCGACCUUGAGCUAGCGAUGACGAAUCCGAGGGAGGCACAAGUACAGACCCUAGCGAGCGCCUUUCAUGAGUUGGCGAUAUUUCGGGAGUUCACAACUGGCGAGCUCAGGUAA